AUGGACUGCUUUAUCAAACUUUUAUCUUUGCUACCUGUAUUUCAGAAUCCAUCCAUAAAUACAUCAAACGAAGCAGAAUUAAGCAAUAUUCAACUCGGGCAAUUUGCGAACAACUCCAGAAGUCUAAAUUUAAUCUUCCUUCUCGAUGGCCCACCGAGAGAUAAAAUUAUCAAAUAUUUAGAUGUGCAAAGUUUACUCAAUUUGCGAAUGACGUGUAAAGAUUAUAUGCGAAUAGGAACAAAUGAACUUAUACAACGCUGGAAAAUACUUCAGUAUCAUGAUGGCCAAAUAUAUCCACCAAUAAUGAAAAAAUACUGGAAAAUGCAUCGUAAACUAGAUCAAACUGGAUUUCAAAAUCAAGACUGGAUGCCAGCUACACUCAUUAUGUUUGGUGAUAAGGAUCAGUUGAAUAUAACAAAUAUGCUUACUCCAUGUCAAAAAUUAAUUGUCACAUCGUGUGAAGAUCACUUAAAUAUUUUAUAUCAAAAGCGUGGCAAAGAUAAUGCGCGACUUCAUUCUGAUACAAUUGAUGGUAGCAUAAGAAAUGGUAUUAUUAUUCCAUCAAUGCGUCCAUGUCGUCGUCCAUCUAUUGUUCAUAUCUUAAAGUACGUUAACAUAUGCUAUCACUUAUAUUUAAACGUACGUUAA